AUGAGUUCUCCUCAAUCUUCUUCAGCUGAUACUUCUGUAUCACAAUUGAUUGUCACCAUUAUUCCAACUUUAAUCAUUGGUGCAGUCUAUUUUAUUGCGUUUAUCGCAUUCCGUAAAGUUCAAAAGAGAGUUUAUGAACCUCGUUAUACUGUUGAAACAGUUCCCAAAGAUUUAAAACCUCAUGAAUCUCCAAAAGGUCCUUUUGCUUGGAUCACAAAUAUCUUUAAAAAACCAACUUCUUAUGUUGUUCAAGAAGCUGGUGCCGAUGGUUAUUUCUUUCUUCGUUUCUUAUUAGAAUUAUUUGCCGUUCUUAUUCUUGGUUGUCUUAUUACUUGGCCUAUCUUGUUUGCUAUUAAUGCCACUGGUGGUAAUGGUGCUACUGGUUUAAAUUCCAUUUCUUAUUCCAAUGUUAGUGAUAAAUGGAGAUUCUUGGCUCAUAUCUUUGUAUCUUGGUUAUUUUUCGGUUCCAUUAUCUUUUUAAUUUAUCGUGAAAUUGUUUAUUAUACUACUUUUAGACAUGCUUUACAAACUACUCCAUUAUAUAAUUCAUUAUUAUCUUCAAGAACUUUAUUAUUAACUGAAAUUCCAAAGAAUUUGUAUGAUGAAGAAGAAUUAAGAUUACGUUUCCCUCCUGCUACUAAUAUUUGGUAUGCUAGAGAUUAUAAACAAUUACAAAAGGAUGUUAAAGAACGUAAGAAAUUGGCUGGUAAAUAUGAAGGUGCUUUAAAUAAAGUUUUAACAAAAGCUACUAAAAUUACAAAUAAAGCCAUUAAAAAGAAUGAACCAGCUCCAGAACCUGCUAAUGAAUUGAAUACUUAUUUAAAAAAUGGUAAAAAGAGACCAACUCAUCGUUUAAAAUUCUUAAUUGGUAAAAAAGUUGAUACUUUAGAUUAUGGUGUGGAAAGAUUAGGUGAAUUAAAUAAAUCAAUUGCCAAAGAUCAAGAAAAUCGUGAUUCAAAUGAUCAAAUGCCAGCUGUCUUCAUUGAAUUCCCAACUCAAUUAGAAUUACAAAAGGCUUAUCAAGCUAUUCCUUAUAAUAAAGAUUUUAAAGGAGUUCAACGUUUUACCGGUGUAAGUCCUGAUGAUGUGGUUUGGGAAAAUUUAUCGUUAACCGCUACUAAAAGAAGAAUUAAAAAAAUCAUUGCUUCAACUAUUUUAACUUUAAUGAUUAUCUUUUGGUGUAUUCCUGUUGCUGUCGUUGGUGCUAUUUCAAAUAUUAAUUUAUUAAUUGAUAAAGUUCACUUUUUGAAAUUUAUUGAUAAAUUACCUUCAUUUUUAAUGGGUCUUAUUACUGGUUUACUUCCAGUUGUGGCUUUAGCGGUAUUAAUGAUGUUAGUACCUCCAUUUAUUAAAUGGAUGGGUAGUAUUAGUGGUUGUAUUACCGUUCAACAAGUUGAAGGUUAUUGUCAAUCAUGGUAUUAUGCUUUUAUUGUGGUUAAUUCUUUCCUUAUUAUUACUUUAACUUCAGCUGCUGCUUCAUCAGUAACUUCAAUUAUUCAAGAUCCAACUUCGGCUUUACAUUUAUUAGCUAAUAAAUUACCAAAAGCUGCUAAUUUUUAUCUAUCAUAUUUCUGUUUACAAGGUUUAGUUGGUCCUGUAGCUAUGUUAUUUCAACUUGUGGCUUUAAUUUUAGCUCAAUUCUUGGGUAAAAUUUUAGAUUCAACUCCAAGAGCUAAAUGGAAUAGAUGGAAUACUUUAGGUCAACCAGGUUGGUCAACUACUUAUCCUGGUUAUGAACUUUAUAUGGUUAUUACUUUAUCUUAUUCAAUCAUUGCUCCAUUAAUCAUUGCCUUUGCUGCCAUUACUUUCUUAUUAUUUUAUAUUGCUUAUUCAUAUAAUUUGAUUUAUGUCUUGCAACCAAAUAAAAAUGAUGCAAGAGGUAGAAAUUAUCCAAGAGCUUUAUUAGAAUUAUUCACUGGUUUAUAUUUGGCUGAAGUUUGUCUUAUUGCUAUGUUUGUGUUUGGUAAGAAUUGGGUUGCAGUAGCUUUAGAAGCUGUUAUUGGGGUUGUUACUCUUGCUUCCCAUCUUUAUAUCAAAUAUACUUAUUUACCAUUAUUUGAUAUUGUUCCAAUUUCGGCUCUUAAAUAUGCUUCAGGUGAUGAAACUUAUGCUUAUCCAAUGCAUGAUCAAGGUCGUAAAGAAAUUAAAACUGAAGGUAUUAAUUAUUGGGAUGGUGGAAAUGAAUUGGGUGAAGAUUCAACCACUCAAGAAGUUCUUAAAACUGAACGCCAAGGUUCUGAUACAACUGCCACUGCCACUGCUGCUGGUGUGGCUGGUGAUUCUGAUCUUUCCAUUAAACGUAAUAGUGAUGAAGAUGUCGAAGGUAAACUUCCAAAUGUUGCCGGUGCUGCUAUUGCUGCUCCAACUAAAGGAGUUUCAUGGUUAACUAAAUUCUUUAAUCCAAAGAAAGAAACAUUUGAUGUUGUUCGUAAUAAUAUGCCAGCCGCUUAUGAUAAUUAUAUUGAAUAUAAUCCUGAAUUCACUAGGACUGCUUAUAAUGAUCCAGCUGUUACAGAUGAAGAACCUCAUAUUUGGAUUGCUAAAGAUAAUUUAGGAUUAUCUGAAAUUGAAAAGAAUAAAGCUUUAGAAAACGGUGUUGAUGUAUCUGAUGAAAAUGCCGAUUUCAAUGAAAAGGGUUCUAUUGAAUAUACUGGUCCACCACCAUCAUAUGAAGAAGCCUUAAGGGUUUAA